UUGUUGAACGUACGACUCUCUUGGUUUGGCUUCAGGACUCUUAAUUAGGAGGUGGCUAUGCUUUUCGAUCCUCAAGAGUGGGGUCGUGUCACGGGUCAUGGUUUCAGCAAUAGGGUGCUUUCAACUUUUGGGUGUUUUGUGUCUACACAACUUCCAUCGCAAAUUUGCUUAGGUAUCAUUGCAACUUUCGGUUCCCUUCACUAGUAAUAUCUUGCGCACUCUGUCCAUCUCGAGGGUUUUGGUUCAGUUGGCAACUCUUGGCCCAAAACAAGGUUUUGGUAAGAACCUUUUUGUUGUCCAGGCUCCAAGGUAAUUGGUAUGAUGCAAGGCUACUCUGGUUUAGUUAUUAAACUUCGUGUUUCCUCUUUUGGUAAGUGGUAUAUCCCGUAUGUGGGUUUGUUUCGGUGUGUCGGCUCAGCCACGAUACAGAAGAUUUUUCUAGCUUUUGGUGUUUGUGUGUUUAGCUAGGUGUGUUUGGUUGUUUUUUAGUUUCUUUUAUAGCUUUGUAAAGUUGUAAUUUGUUCUUUAUUUAUGAGUUCUCUUUGUUAAAAAAAAAAAAAAAAAAAAAAAAAAAAAAAAAAAUGUUGAACAAGACCAUAGCAAGACCACCAACAAACAAAAAUAUUUGAUUUGUUAAAAAAGACACAGCUAACCAGAUUCAAUUGCCUGACAUCCUCAAGUAUUCACACAUGUAUUCCCCACUUCAAUUAAUUAAGCCAAAAUUAUGUAUUAAAAGACUCGCUAAUAAGUUUAAUUAUGUUGGGGGCCCUGCGCCAUCGCACAAGUUGCACCACUUUACCUCUUGUAAUGCAGUUGUCGCACACCCAUCCACAUUCCCACGUCUCUAAUAAAGCAUAAACGUGUUCUCAAUAGCCAAUUCUAUUACACCUUUACCAACCAUUUUCAAGAAAUAUAACAAUACAAGUUGGGUUUUUAUGCGCAAAGUUAGCAAACUUGACAUUCUUCAUGGCAACAACAACAACAAGAACUAGUAACAUCUUGCCUACACUAUAUGCAACACUACUCUUUGUAUCCCUUACUACCUGCAAUGCCAAGAACAAGAAUGACAAGAAUCUCCUAUACGUGUUCGGCGAUUCGCUAUUCGAUGCCGGUAUGACUCUGUACACCGGUGUUGCGGGAGAUGGUGCUGAAUUCUGGCCUUAUGGUCGGACUUACUUUAAGAAGCCUGCUGGGAGGUAUUGUGAUGGUCGUGUUAUCCCGGAUUUCUUAGCUCAAUAUGCCGGGUGGCCGCAUCUGCAGCCGUAUUUGCAACCAGGGUUUGAUGAUUAUACCAAAGGAACCAGUUUUGCUGCUGCUAGUGCUUGUGUGCUGGUUGAAACUCGUCCUGGAAAGAUAAAUUUGGCCCUGCAAAUGUACUAUUUUGUUCAAAUGGUGCGAAAAUUGAAACAGCAAGUUGGAGAAUCAGAGGGCAACAAGCUGUUAUCUAAAGCAGUCUACUUGAUUGACAUCGGAGGAAAUGACUACUUCAGCAUUUUCGAGCCGAAUAAGACUAACCUUCCACAGCUUCCUCUCAAUCCUCAUUCAAAGAAAACUUACGUUAAUCAGAUACUCAGUGAGCUCACCACCCACAUUUAUACACUAUACAACAAAGGAGCACGGAAAUUUGCGUUUCCUAACAUUGGUCCUCUAGGGCACUUCCCCUCAAUGAAGACCCUUUGUAUGCUACGGCCCGAAAAGAGCUGUUUAGCUGAUCUAGAUGAGCUAGCUAGGAUGCAUAACGCUGCAUUUGCUACACUGGCUAACAAAUUGCAAAAACGAUUGCCAGGGUUCGAAUACUCAAUAUACGACUUCUACACCGCUGUAGACCUUCGUGUCUACAAUGCUUAUAGUUAUGGUUUUAAGGAAAGUAUAACAGCAUGUUGUGGAAGUGGAAUGUACAACGGUGACUUCACUUGCCAGAAGACGGAGCACAGUUUCUCAGCUUGUAGCAAUCCACCCGAUUAUUUAUGGUUUGACGCCGGUCAUCCUACCGAGAAAGCUAACGAGCAAUUUGCAAGUGAAAUGUGGUCGGGAGGACUCGACGUUGUAGCUCCUUACAACUUGAAGAGUUUAUUGACCAUGAGUUGAAUGAAAGCGGCAUCACACAUUGCUCUUAGCAAUGGAUGAAACAAAGGUGUCAUUCGAUAAUAAUAGUGACAUAUAUACUACUUGUAGCAUGUGCGAAAAAAGUUGUCACAUUGCUGUUUGUAUUACAUCGUAAAUGUUGUCAUUAUACCGUUUGUAGAUUUGAGUGCUUAGGGAAAGUAUGAAAAUAGUCCAACAAUUGUAAAGGGCAUGUAAAAUUGUGUCAUUUUUUGUCAUGAGGUCUUAGGAAGACGAUGUGACUAGUAUUUCCAAAUGGAAUCCAAUUAUUUUUUCUACAAAGAUUCUUUUUAUCUUUA